AUCAGGCGGAAAUUCUGUGCUGGAGAAGCUUUAUUAUUUAGAUUCUGAAGAAUUCUAUAUGCUGGCAGUUCCUCCCAAGGGAUGAAUUCAAAGACUUAUUUAAUAAACAUUAUUUUAUCAAAAUUUUGUAUGUGCAAAGCGCAAACUAAGAAACUAAGAAUUUUUUGGGCAUAAGCGAAGAAUAUAUUUUAUUGUCAUGUGAAUUUCCAGUUGUCACAACACGUAUGACUGAUUAUAUGUUGAAAUCUCACUUAUCUCAUGAGAUCAAUUUCUAAAAGUCGUUUCACAAGUUUAUCCAAGUUUAUCAUGUAUCAAUAUAUAAACUAUUCACGAUAUUAAUUAUAAAUAAUUCAAUAAAGAAAUGUUGCGUUCAACAUUAUCAUUACCGGUAUCAUCACAAGUUUUAACAAGAAAAAUUUUACUAAUUCGAAAUAUAUUACCUAUUAAUUUACAUAGAGAUAAAAAAAAAUUAGAAUUACGAGCACACUAUGCAUCAAGUACAAAUGCACAAAUAUCUAAUCUUCAAAAAAGUAUACUUGCAGUAUCAUCAGCAUUUACAGCAUUCUUUGAUCCAAAAAGAGGAGAUAUGAUAGCGACAUUAGGAGAGACAACGGGAUCAAUAUUUGUCAAUGAAAUGAGAGAUAAUAUGUUACGAGACAAAACAGGGCGGAGAAUUCUUCGAGAACGUCCACGAAUUCAUUCAAGUACAAUAGAUAUUCCAUAUUUACGUUCAUUACCAUUAGGAACAUUUGGUAAAGAAUACACAAAUUUUUUGGAUGAACAAAAAGUAACGCCAGAUACAAGAGUCAAAGUACAGUAUAUUUAUGAUGAUGAAUUAGCUUAUGUCAUGCAAAGAUAUAGGGAAUGCCAUGAUUUUUUUCAUACUUUAACUAAUUUACCUACAAAUGUUGAAGGUGAAUUGGCAUUAAAAUGGUUUGAGUUAGUUCAAACUGGAUUGCCUAUGACUUUAUUGAGUUCUAUUUUUGGGCCUAUAAGACUUUCUUUUAAGGAAAAAGAAAGAUUAUUUAAAAAAUAUGUCCCUUGGGCUUUACAAUGUGGAUCUCAAUGUAAAUUUUUAUUGAAUGUUUAUUACGAAGAAUGUUGGGAUAAAAAUAUUGAAGAAAUGAGAAAAGAGUUAGGAAUUUAUCUUGUAGAUUAGAAGAACUUUGUAAUUUUAUUAAUUUAA